AUGGAAACCACUCUCACACACCGGCCAUGGGAGCCUGCCACAACGGGACCGCAGGGUAUCCCAACCACUCAGACCCUGCCUUCGAUCUCAACAUUGACAGCGAGCAUGACGGGUAUUCCGACCCAGGCGGAGAAAUCGCCUGGAAAUGCCUCGCUGAAUACAAUCGAGCGAGAUUCAGGGAACUGGUCUAUGCCUCAGAGUACAAGAUCUUCGACUUAUUCCACCGCGACGAACGGCACCGGAAACUACCCCUCUCUUUCAUUCCUCACAUCCUCACAACCAUCCCCAAAUCGCGUUUCCCUUGUCUCCGACCGAUCUCCAUACCCCAAUGACCUCUCCAGUACCACUACCCCUUCUUCAGCCGGAGCCCAGCCAUCCCCCAAUUUCGGUCACGCUCAACCCCCGACGACACUACCUUCCAUAAACCAAAAUUACGAUGCCCCUUCCCAGAGAGCCAGCAUCGCGGAGCCGGCAGAGUCGCGACGGAGCAGCGUGGAUAGCAGGAUGAAUCAGGGAAUCAGCUCUCUCGCCAUCAACCCGGCUUCCCCAUACCAUAGCACGAACGCCUCGCAGUCGUCAAUUGUUUCUGGACUACAACGGGAACGUGGGAUUUCGAUGGAUGUUAAUAUGAACAACGCUUACCGGGGUCCUCGCUACUCUGCCGGACAACCUCUUUCUCCACUUGGCCCAAGAGCUGGCGAGCAUCGUAGCUUUGCGGCUGGCCGCACUGCACCUGCGAUUUCCUCGAACCCUCGGUCCGAAAUUUACAAUGCGGAGGCGCCCACUGCGGGUCUCGCGUAUGCCUUCCCAGAUCCAGAUGUCGCCCGGUCGAAUUCCGUUUCGUCUACUGCCGAUAGACCUCUUAACGGCCAUCAGUUCACUCGGAAAGGAAGCACGGCAGAGUCUCUGGCCAGCAGUGUGUACUCCGAUGCACGCCUACCCCGUGGACAACAUGAACUUCCUCAAAAUGUACAUCACCAUACGCUUCAGCAUAAACAAGUCCGUGGUUUGAUUGGCGAGGCGGAAGCGCAUGGCGGCAGCACUCCCUACAGCCGCACACCAGAAUUGCGCGUCACCCACAAGCUAGCUGAGCGGAAGCGCCGGAGCGAGAUGAAAGAUUGUUUCGAGGCCCUACGCGUCCGUCUUCCUCAGAGUCAGAACAACAAAUCUAGCAAAUGGGAGACUCUCACUAGAGCCAUCGAGUACAUAAGCCAUCUGGAAAAGAUGCUCAACAAUGCUCGCCGCGACAACGACGUUCUGAGGAGUGAGGUUGAUGAAUUACGCGCGCAGCUAAACCAGCAGCAAUCCAAUGGACAGUCGCGCCAGGCGUCAAUAUUCGAGCAUCACACCAUCCCCGCUCCGCAGACGAACGGUCAGGUACACGGUCCGAUCUACCCCAGCUACGCCCAAGGCUCUGCCAUGGCGCAAGAGCAGCCUCGUACACUACCCCCACUUAUGAAUGGGUCUGUUGCUCCUAUGCAAGGCGUACAGUACACCGAUGAUCGACGGUAG